UCCUACACAAUCAAAUAGGAGAACUGCUAUUGAAAAAAUGAGAAAGAGAAAUGAGGAAAGGCAGGCGCCCCAGGAUGAGCAGCCCCAGCAAAAUCCUAUGUUUGAUGCAGAACAGGAUGAGCAGCCCCAAGAUGAGCAGCCCCAGCAAGAUCAUGUGUUUGAUGAUGAACAUGAUCAGCAGCAGCAACAGUUUGAUGAUGAACAUGGUCAGCAGCACCAGUCUGAAGAACCCAUGUUUCUUGGAGGUCCUUAUGAUCUUUCUGUCCUUAAAGAUUAUGAGCAUCAUAUUGCAAUUAAUGUGUGGAAUGGACAGGAUAGACGUGCCUUGAAAGUUGUUUCGAAUGGCAAAAAGCAAGACAAAUUCAUUGAUAUUAGAUAUCAUUUACCUGCUCAAAUAGAUCAUUGGAUUAAUAUAUCUGGAUUACGUCAUCUGAGAAGAUGUAGUUUGCAUAUGAUUGACGGUAAUAUGAUAUCUGCUUUUGCUAAGAGAUGGCACGCAGAGACUAGUUCAUUUCACCUGUCAUUCGGUGAAAUGACUAUUACUCUUGACGACGUCAGGGGUCUUUUGAGCAUCCCAUGUACUGGAGAGUUUUUCACACCUCCCGCAAAUGUCAAUGAAGAUUUGGCAAUUGUUGCUGUUGUUGAGUUGUUGGGAGUUGCAUAUGAUGAACUUGUCACAGAGACUAGGACCAAUAGAGGGGCCUCGUAUAGUUUUGAGUGGUUGAAAGAGAUAUUUUUUAAGAAACUUCAUGAACGAAGAUAUGAUUGUGCAGCUAGGGCAUAUCUACUUCAUUUGGUAGGGUGUACCAUUCUUGCUGAUAAAAGUUUUACACUUGUAUCUGCAAAAUAUCUCUUUCUGUUUCAAGAUCUUGAUAGUUGUGGUAAAUGGCCAUGA